UCUGAUUUCCGGUGCUUGUUGGUCUCCUCUCCUUCACGCUUCCUGCGAUCCUGCGCGCUCCCGCACGCGCCGGUCACGCGCGUUAUUCCGUUCCCGUGCCCUCCCGUUAAUGAGCAGCGCGCGCGCGUCCUGCUGUGGCGGAGAUCAGACCGGGGUUUUAAAGGACCAUCGCGCGCGCGAGACAGACAGAGAGAGAGAGAGAGAGAGAGAGAGAGAGAGCAGCGAACCCCAGAGCCUCACCUGCAGCCGCUGUGUGUGUGUGUGUGUGUGUGUGUGUGUGUGUGUGACGGAGCGGGAGGGUGUGGUGAGGCGGAUAUACAGCGCGAGCGUUUGGAGAGAGAGAGAGAGAAGGAGAGCGAGAGAGAGACAGAAGGAGCGCGUGAACAGAGCGCGUGUUGAGAGGUGAGCUGCUCUGCGCGCGCGGCAUGGCUUCGUUUCAGGGUAAAGGGGAGCUGCGCCACGCGGACUGGAUGGCCAACCUGCCCGCCAACCUGCACGCGCUCCCGCUCACCAACCUCGCCAUACCGGGAUCCCAUGACUCCUUCAGCUUCUACAUCGAUGAAGCAUCUCCUGUUGGACCCGAACAACCCGAAACAGUGCAGAAUUUUGUCUCAGUUUUUGGAGCUGUGGCUAAAAAGCUGAUGAGGAAGUGGCUCGCAACGCAAACCAUGAACUUUUCCAGCCAGUUAGAGGCCGGGAUUCGAUUCUUCGACCUUCGUAUCUCCACCAAACCUCGAGAUCCUGAAAAUGAGCUGUACUUCGCCCAUGGGCUCUUCAGCGCCACUGUACGCGAAGGUUUGGAGCAAAUCAGUGCUUUUCUGUCCUCCCAUGCUCGAGAAAUCGUCUUUCUGGACUUUAAUCAUUUUUAUGGCGUGCAGAACCUGCAUCAUGAAAAGUUGGUCCAGAUGCUGCGCACUGUGUUUGGAGAUCGUCUCUGUCCCGUGGUUUUUGCUGAGGAAGUGAAUCUGAAGUAUUUAUGGGAGAAGGAGUACCAGGUGUUGGUGUUUUACCACAGCCCGAUGGCGUUAGAGGUGCCAUUUCUGUGGCCGGGUCAGAUGAUGCCGUCUCCAUGGGCCAACACCACCGACCCGGAAAAACUCAUUCAGUUCCUCCAGACCUCAGUGACCGAGCGCAGACGGAAAGGAACGUUUUUUGUUUCCCAAGUGGUUCUGACACCCAAAGCGAGCACUGUGAUGAAAGGAGUUACCAGUGGACUUAGAGAGACCAUCACAGAGAGAGCUCUUCCGGGGAUGAUGCAGUGGAUUCGCUCUCAGCGUCCAGGUGAAAGCGGUGUUAACAUUAUCACGGCUGAUUUUGUGGAGCUCGGCGAUUUCAUAAGUGCUGUUAUUACUCUUAAUUAUUAUCUUGGUGAGGAUGAUGAAGAAGAUGCCACUUGAACCCCCGCCUUCAGAUUGCACUUAUUGUUUUCCUGUGCUAGUUUUAAGUUUCGAAUUAAGCCUUCCUCUGGUUUUUAGGGCUAAUAAAAAAAUGAAGGGCAUGAAUUUUGGAAAUUCAGAAGGCAGGAAUAAUGUGUGUAUGUGUUAGGCAUGUGCCAUUUAUCAGAUCCAUGACAUAUCCUUAUAUUUCACACCCACCAUAUUGUUAUCAUAGAGACUUAGCUGCUCAGGAGGAGGUGGCCUUGGUAAGGGAGAUAAAAAUGUUUCUUUCAGAACGAAGCAUAAGGAAGGUCGUCUAAAGGUCUGUAUUUUGGAGAGAUUUGAAGGAGCAUCGUUAUGUUUCCUCUCUGAAAAGAUAAUGAUUUCAUUGUGUCUUCUGGACGAGAGCGAAUAUGAAACGCUGACAGAUCAGUCUCCCUGAAUGCUCUGAAUCAUUUUUUAGUAAGGUUGUGAUUUAAAAAAAUAUUAAUACUCUAUUGUGAUAUGAAUAUAUAAUAUCGGUACAUGCCUACUGCGUGUCUGAUUUUGACCGCGAUGAAGGAAUUGAACGAUGAUGAAACAUUAUUUUACUUACUCUUCUCCGCAUCUCGUCUGCAGCAUUAAUAAACAGUGCAUUAGCUUCUGAUCAGUAACAUAUUAACAUAUUUCAUGGUGAAUAAAUGUUGUUUGUAUGGUGAAUGUGAUGGUAGUAGGUUGAACUGCUGUAAUGUUGGUAAUGUGUAUGAUUGUGAUUGUUGAUCUGUAAAUACUGUGCAAGAUUAGCUGAAUUAUCUGUCAUGCCAAAAAACAUCAGGUUAUACUUAAGUAUUAAGUGUUUAAUGAUAUGAUCAUUCCCGGUAUUACCCUACCGAUUUCAGUACAUCAUGCUAUCUGCUAACAGCUUCCAAUCUUUUAUUUACACCUCUCUAUACAGGGUUUUGUAACAUAUUUCGAGGAAUGUGCUGCACCUGGAAAUGUGUUUUUUGUGGUCUGAUGUCAUUAUUUUUUAUCUCUUUAGCAUAGUAUUAACGAUAUAUCUAUUUUGAGAUUUUAUUAUUACAGUGUGAUAAUGCUACAAAAUAUUCCUGAAAUGAUUUUUGGUACAGUUUUAUAUUUAGUUUCAUACUUGAUAAAGAAGUACAUCCCGGCUAAUAUCAAUUUGCUGCAUUUCAGAUGGACUACUAGUCCCCCAACCAAGACUACUAUUCUCCUAUCCAAGACUGCAAGUCCCCUAACCAAGACUACUAGUCCUGUAACUAAGACUGCUAGUCCCAUAACCAAGACUACUAUUCUCCUAUCCAAGACUGCAAGUCCCCUAACCAAGACUACUAGUCCCAUAACCAAGACUGCUAGUCCCAUAACCAAGACUGCUAGUCCCCUAACCAAGACUGCUAGUCCCCUAACCAAGACUGCUAGUCCCCUAACCAAGACUGCUAGUCCCUUAACCAAGACUACUAGUCCCAUAACCAAGACUGCAAUUCUCCUAAUCAAGUCUGCUAGUCCCUUAACUAAGACUGCUCAUCUCUAACCAAUAUUUCUAUCCUGCUAACCAAGACUACUAGUUCUUAACCAAGACCUUAAGAAUACUGUCCCCCUAAUCUGGACAGCCCCCUAGCUACCCUUAACCCGUAGGUUUUAUCCUGUCCUGUUAUUUCAGAGUGAAUGUUGGACGUAAGGUGUAUCUGUAUUUUGUGUUUGUAAAAAGUGUCUUAAGCUCUGUCCUUUCUCUAAUCUCUUUUAUUAUGGAGUUCUCAGUAAGACCAAAGUGCUGAAGAUUAUUUUGACUUUGUUUUCCGUAAUUACUCCAUUUGGUCAGAAUUAUUCAUCCAAAUGGAGACGCUUUUAAAAGUGUUUAAUGCAACUCAAUACUUAACAUAUGUGCAAAAAAAGAAUAUAUAUAUAUAUGAAGAAAUCUCCUUGUCAGUUGUAAUGACAAUCACUCAAGAUGUCAGUGUGUGGAUGGAUCGUCAGGUGUUGUUUGAGUGUUACUGCAUGUUAGUGCUGAAGUCCAAAUUUUACACUUAUUUGUAAAACUUUAAAUUGCUCAGUGUUUAAAUGCAACUUCCAAAAAAAUGAGUGAACUCUUAUAAACCUGGUGUAAAUAAAUGUAAAUGUAAAUAAUGCA